ACUGAACUAUUUUACUUCCCACGCUUUAAGUACGCUCUCUCUCUCACACACAUCUCUCCACCCCGCUGUUAUUCAAUCUUUUUCUCUCUCCUAAAAAAAUGAAGAACAACCACAAACCGCCGCGCCCACCACCACUGUCAGUGUCACAGCCAUCAAAUCCACCGUCCCAACUCAAGCCCAAACCCAACUCCCGCUCCAACUCGGACGAGUCACCCAAAUCGCCACUUCGAUCCGAAAUACCACACCGAUCCGACGACCAGGAACUCGACCACCAUAAAAACGGCGGAGCAAUUGUAGCUGUUGAGAAGUACUACUCUCCACUAACCUCACCUCUCCCUAUAACUCCUCCAAAGGACGCCUCCACACCCGAUAAUUUCCCCUCGCCUCCGCACCAAAUCAUCCACUUCAACCGCCGGGAAGAAGCGCUUCCGCAAUCUGGCGUCGUUUUCGGGGAUGGAGCCGGUGGAGUGGAGAAAAAGGGAAGAGUUGGAGUUGGGGGAGGGGAGAAAAAGGGGAGAACUAGUGGUGGUGGCGCAGUGAGGUUUGCAGGUAUGGAGGAUAUUGGGAGGAGGUCGAAGAAAGAGGGAGUGGUUGAGAAGGUUAAUUUAGGGGUUAGGGUUCUUGAGAUUGUGUUCUGUUUGAUUUCUUUUUCGGUUAUGGCUGCUAAUAAAACCCAGGGUUGGAGUGGUGAUUCCUUUGAUCGCUAUAAAGAAUACAGGUUUUGUUUAUCAGUGAAUAUUCUUGGAUUUAUGUAUUCAGCAUUUCAGGCAUAUGAUGUAGCCAGCCAUAUGGUCGCUGGAAAACAUGUGAUUUCCCAUAAUCUCCGCUAUCAAUUUGAGUUUAUUAUGGAUCAGAUAAUUGCAUACCUUCUGAUAUCAGCCUCAUCAGCAGCAGCCUCGAGGGUUGAUGAUUGGCAAGCGAAUUGGGGAAAAGACACAUUUACAGAGAAGGCUAGUGCAUCAAUCAGUAUGGCUUUCUUGGCAUUCUUAGGUUUUGCCAUGAGCUCUUUAAUUUCAGGUUACAACCUCUGCAACCGUGAUUUAUCGUGAAUCGCUGAAGACAAUUCUGCCAAUUCUGUAUCAACUGGUAAUAUUUUUUUUAGUUAGCUGUAGCAUUUGUACAGGAAAUAUAAGGAAUAGGGGAAGUGAAUUUUAAUCUGUGAAUAAGUCUAUAUGACAAUAAUUUGUGGCAAUGAAGAAGUCAAGAGAUACAAAUCCAAAGUUUUUGUUCAGUUUUUUUCUUAAGCAAUCAAAUUAAAGUGACAUUGUUGGCCUCUCUUUC